GAAGGAAAUCCCUGCUUCAAUGCACCAUCCGCAUGUGCCAUCUGCAUGUGCCAUCUGCAUGUGCCACCUGCAUGUGCCAUCCGCAUGUGCCAUCCGCAUGUGCCAUCCGCACGUGCCAUCCGCAUGUGCCAUCCACAAGUGCCAUCCACAUGUGCCAUCUGCAUGUGCCGCCUGCAUGUGCCGCCUGGGGGUGCAUGA